GGUGAUAAAUCCAGUGCACAGACUCUGGCCAUCUCCUCGGUUUUCUGAAGAAGAGGGUGGGGUCGUGUUCGUGCGCUAUCACCCCUUGAUCAGUAUUGCUGUGCGGAGUGUUUGAAUAAGUGAAACGCAUCUUUCUAUGCUCAACUGCCUUUCUGAAAUAAGCCGGACAUAAAGUGUAAUGAAGCGGACGAUUCUUCUAUACCUGUUGUUUUUUUGCCAUUCACUAUGGAUUAAUAUUCUCCGUCCUGAGAUUCAACACUGAUAUUUAUCUAUUUCACACAGGAUUUGCGAGGCCCGCGCACAUCUGAACGUGGAGUACAAUUUGAUCGUGUAACUGGUCAAUAAUUUCGCUGGUCAUAGGUUUAAAAUACGUUUGGUUUAUUUUAGUGUUUCGCAUUCAUUUAUUUUUGCAUACGAAACAUUUAAAUCCUCGUAUUUGAACAUGGCAUGGCCCUGCAUCACCAGGGCUUGCUGCAUUAACCGCUUUUGGAGCGACUUGGACAAAGCUGACAUUGCAGUACCUUUGGUUUUCACGAAGUAUUCCGAUGUUGCUGAAGUGCAGCGCCUCCAUUUGCAGCCACAACCAAAACAACCGCAUCCCCAGGCAUGGGCCAGCGCGGUCGCCAUAGAAACGCAGCCUUCCCACAGGCAACAUGAGGCUAUAGCUCGGGCUCCACCCGCGACCGGGGCUGCUGCUAGGGCUGUUCGAGAACCAACCGGCGCAUCUGUGAUGCGCCAGGAUUUCAAAGCUUGGAAAGUGCGACCGGAACCCAGUUUCAAACCCAAAAACGAGUAUCACCGUUCGGAGACCCCUUUUAACAACGAAACGCAGUAUCAGAAGGAUUUCAAGCCGUGGCCGAUCCCACGACGGGGAGACCACCCGUGGAUUCCCAAACCUAGCCCCAGCCCCAGCCCCAGCCGGAGUAAACAGCCUCCGCGGCCCAAGUCUGCUCCCGUGCAGACAGAGGAUGACAGCGGUGUGGAGAAAAGUGUGAUCGCUGACAAGGUGCAAGAGAAGGACACGAAGAAGCUUGUGAAGAAAGACAAAGUAGCCGAGAGGAGGGUGAGCAUCAAAAUAGAGCUACCAGAACCUGGAGGUGUCGCUGUGGAGGGUAAAGGACGAGCGGCUGCAGACGCACUAAACCGACAGAUCAAGAAUGAUGUUGCUGCCGGGAGCUCAUACAGGAACGAGUUCAGAGCCUACAAAGACGUGAAUCCGGUGAAGCCCAUCAAGGCCAAGUCCCAGUACAAGCCACUGACGGGAGAGAAGCCCAGCCUGGAGACCAGCUACAGCGCCACCUACAGAGGGGAGCAAGUGAAGCAGCAGCCCGCGGACAACAAAGCGCUGGACCGUCGGAGGAUACGCAGCCUGUACAGCGAGCCCGGGAAAGAGCUCAGCAAGGUUGAGAGGCCAAACACACCACGCUCAAAACCAAAAAAGACAACGGCGACAACUGACCGCAGCAAACAAGCGAAGAAGUCCAAAGAUAAACAGGUCUCCUCGGUCCGAGGUGCCAAGAAAAAGGCUCCUGUGACUACCGUUGAGGCCAGGCCAGAGGAGGGCAACAAGGAGAAAAGCAAAGAGACGAACAACAAACUAGCAGAGGCAAAGGAGUAAAGUCAUGUUCCUCGGGGGAUUUUUGCAGGGGUUAUGGGGGGUGGGGGGUGGAUUCAGACUAAAUUAGAGGGCUUUUAUCCCCUUGUCCAGUGUCUGUCUCAAUCAGCUUUUGUUUUCCAUGCAUCUAGUCUGUGCUUUGCGGGUCUGUGAGCACCAAGUUGUGGCUGUCAUUUUCCCCGUCUCUCAGCUUUGCGUCAUUCCCCCACACCUCAUUGAGGGGAGUGCGUGCAUCUGUCACUGCAUCCACCCCUUCCGCCGUUCAUCGAUUCCUGUCUCUGCUCCAGGUUUCCAUGGUGACACACCCACUCGUGUAGGCGGCAGACCCUUCUGUUAGGAAACUAGUUUUGCACAGAGCUGCCGGCACACAUAUCUGUAUGGUUGUCUUAACUACAGCCACACAGAUCAUUUUCUUGAAUUUGCUGAUGUUUUGUAAAGGUAAAAGCGGUAAUGAAGGUGCUUUAAAAUUUGCAUUAAUUUCAAAAGGUUUCACGCAUCAUAAUUCUGGAUCCUGAAUUUGGGGAGAUUCCCCAGUAGAGGAGCAGAUGCUCAGUGCGCAGUACGGUAUCGCAGGAGUGUCCUGAUCUUUUCAUUUGUGUCCUGCACUAAUCUUUAGGAGUGAUAAGUUGGUUUGACAAAAUUUCUGCUUUUGAUACUUUAUUUAUUUAUUUAUUUUUACCCAUUAUUCCCAUUACCUUAAUACCUCCAGGUGUUAUAUUUCAAAUAUUUAGCAUAAAAAUUCAAACCGCGCCCAUUCCACAAAGUAUUUCAGGCUGUACUGUUGUUACCUCCAUUUUCUGGACCUUGACUGAUUUAAUUGUUGUAAAGCUCACUCAAUUAUUGUUUGACAUAAUAGAGGAAAAAUGGUUUCCUCAGUUUGGUUGCCAAGAGACUACAACAAGUUACUGUAAUACAAUUACCAGUUAUUGGAUGUAAAGCUGUUGUUUGCGAAUAGCACUAGAGCAGUGUGUUCUCCUUGCAGUACCAAAUGCAAAGGAAAAGAGGAAAAGAAUUGUUUAAAAGUGUAGCAAUAUUAAUUUAUUAAUCCAUGCAUUAUGAUUAUAAGUAAGAUUAACAUUUAAAUACAGGACUGAUUGAUUGACAAACUAAAGAUCAGUUUCCCAUAUUAUGCAGUCAUUGGAAGCAGCCAGUUGAUGCUGAAAGAAAGGCCAGGUAGAGGACUACAGCUAACAGCAUGUAAGUAUUUGCCAGUUCUUUCCUUAUGUUCAGCAUAUGUGCAGCUCAAGCCAUUCCUUAUUUCGAUUCAGUGGACAGGCGUACAGUAUGCAAGACCAUACUGGAUAUGGAUGUAAGGCGGAUGGAAUAAUGUGGAAUAUUUGCCAGAGUUUUAAUGUAGUUAUUCUAAUGUGAGAUUUUGAAAAGGAAGUUGUUAUGAAAAUGAUGUCACUAGCAUUUGCUUUUUUGCUCAUUCUUUCUGGAGGCCUAAUUUGAUAGGGAAAUAUAGGACACACAAUAGUUUUAGUGAUCUAGUACUUUUAUACUGUUGCUGUAGUAACCCUGUUACGUUACACAAAGGAGGACCGGUCUUUUUGUUUUAAUAGUUUUUCUUCAUGUUUUCUUCAACUAUUGUUUUUAUUAUGUGUUUAAAAGUUCUAAUGGUGCAGCAGUACUAUAAGCUGAAACAUGGUUGCAUUUUGUCCUAUUUCAUGUAAAUCACCUGCACGUGCUCUCUCUCUCUCUCGAUCUUUAUCUUGCCUCUUUCAUCAGCUAAAGCCGAUGGACUUUCCUGGAAAUUGCAUGUAUAGUGUUGGAGGAAGGUUUUGAAAGCGUUUCACUUGUAGUUGUUAAAGCAACAGACAAACAAACAAAAAAAUUCAGUCUUAAAUUUACCCAGAAUUUGCCUAUAGUUGCUAUUGAAUCCAGUUCACUGCUGUAGAACUCUCGCCACUUAGACAGUAUAAUCUUGGCAUAUGUAUUAUCUUUCUUUGUAAAUGAUGUGUGUAACUGUUUCAGAUGUGAUUAGCCUGCCUCUGAACUGCCGUGACAGGACAGGAGUGUGUGGUAUAAGACUUUCCUUGCUUUCAGUGACACCCCACCUAAUAUGCUACUCACCUCACCCCCCCAUCUAAUCUCAUCUGUCUCGUAUACAAAUACAACUUCUCCUUCUCUAACCUGGCAGUGUGUGUCUCCUGGUGGUGCCAGCCAACCGGGAGUAAGUGUUGCCCUUCAUUAUGAGUCCCCUCGCUGAUGUUCUGUAGCGUUUGCUUGGUGCCGUUAUCCCAGGUUGGACGCACCAUGUGCUGAGCACGUCACCCUUCGGUGCUAUCUCUCUCAUGCUAUAGGUCUGAAGAAAGCGAACGAGAAAAAAAGGAAAUGGUAAAAAAUGUUGGGUGUGUGGGGGGAACCGUAGAAGGACAUGUAUUAAAGGUAUGAUUUGAUUGUGACGUGUUUGUGUUCUCUGCUUGCUCUUAUUGAAAUUAUUAAUAAAUGCAAAAAGGAGACCAAAAGAAAAAAA